AUUAUUUUUCUCUCUCUUAGUUCCGUGUUGUUUACCUCUGGACUCUGGCGCCCAAUUUCCGCUGUUGAUUUUCCUCAGUCAAACUACUAAUUUCUAGGGUUUGCAGUAAUCUGGAGUGUGACUGUGAAGAUGGAGAGAUUCAGGGACCAUGGCAAUGGCUAUCAAGACCCUCAUCGCAACUCUCAAUACCCCAAUUCAUCUUCUUGGCCUUCUAACGAUCAGAGACCUAACUUUCCCGGCGACCACCCCCACCACCACCACCGCGACCACCACCAUCAUAAUCAUCACCAUAACUACCACCAUUACAACCACCACUUCCAACCUCAAUUUAACCACCAACCGCCGCAGCACCAGCAUCACCACCCGCAGCAGCAGCCCCACCACCACCAGCGGCACCAAUUUGAAAGCUUUCCAGAUCACCAGCAGGCCCAGCACAUGGGGAGUGAACAAAAUGACCCGUUUUGGUCAAACGGUGGCGGCAGUGGUGGUUAUAAUUCAGGUCAAAAGAGAAGCUUUCACCAUUCUGGUCCAGGAGCUUCCCCAGAUCAUCCUGAUGGAAGUGGUGUGGCAAAAUUAUAUGUGGCCCCUGUUCCAAGAACAGCCACUGAAGAUGAUAUCCGCUCCUUGUUUAAAGAACAUGGAAAUGUUGUUGAGGUUAUUUUGCCAAAGGAUAAGAAAACUGGUGAACGACAAGGAUAUUGUUUUGUGAAAUAUUUAACAUUUGAGGAAGCUGGCAGAGCUAUUAAAGAAUUGGACAGUCAGCAUACUUUCCCCGGGGAAUUGGCUAGCAUCAGAGUUAGAUAUGCCGAUGCUGAUCGUGAUCGCGUUGGGACACCUCAUCUAGAGAAAAUAUUUGUCAGUGGCUUGAGCAAACAAGCUUCAAGAAAGGAGAUUGAGGAGAUAUUUUCUCCUUAUGGUAUAGUUGAAGACAUCUACAUCAUACGUGAUGAUCAUGGGGAAAAUCGUGGAUGUGGAUUUGUUCAAUUUUCUCGUAGAGAAAUGGCACUCGCAGCAAUCAAUGCAUUAAAUGGACUUUUCACUAUGAGGGGUUGUGACCAGCCAUUGAUUGUUAAAUUUGCAUAUCCUAAGAAACCAAGAGCUGGAGAACCAAGCAGGGCAAAUUAUGGUCCUAAUAGCCUAAAUUCUGGUUGCCAUACUUCAGAGCUAACUAUGAGACCAGUGCCGAAUUUCUGCAACCCAAUGGCAGGGCCUGUACCACCCACUGUUCCAUAUCCUGUGCAACAAAUUCCUCUGAACCCCCAACCACAAGCCUUUCCCCCUUGGGCAAAUACAGGAGGUGCAGCACCUAUUGUUGCGCAACAAUCACAUCCCCCAUUGCAAGCACCGUUACAGCCAACUCAGUUUCCAUUACAGCAGACACAACCUCCAUGGGAAAGUUCUCAAUCACAUCAACAAUCUGGCUCUGGGGUUCAGAAACAGAUUCCUCCAGUACUGCCAACAUCACAAAAUUUUGGACAGCCACAGAGUUCAAAUGUAUCCAAGUUAGAGUCUAUGCAGAGUGCAAGCAGCCAGACAAUUGUCACUAGUUCAUCUUCACCUACGGUACCGCAGAAUCUGGAGGCAUUAGCUACCCUAGAAUGUGACUGGAGUGAACACACCUGUCCUGAUGGAUACAAGUACUACUAUAACUGUGUCACUCUUGAAAGCACUUGGGAUAAGCCAGAGGAAUUUGCUUUAUUUGAGAAACAAUUACAGAAGCAGCAAAAACCUCAAAAUCCCAGCCAAAAGCUUCAAUCUCACUUGCCUGUUCCUUCUGCAGAACAAGUUUCUCAAAACGAAGAGGUGCUGGAUUGUGUUCAAGUCAAUUCAGAAACAAGUCGACUUGUUGGCCCAACCUGUGUUUAAGGGAUCUGAGGGAGUUUUUGCAGAACCAAAUUGCUUAGCAUACUCGCCUAGGCAUUUUUAUGAAGACAUACCUGUUCAUUGUUCUUAUUUUUGAAGUUAAUUGUUUCACAAAAACAAGCCUUCCCAAUAGAGAAUUACAGCAGGGUCCCAUAACAUUCCCCCCGCUUUUAGUUCUCUCUUUUCUCGGCUUUGUUAAUGGCUUGAUAUCAGUAGCUUCCUAUGAAACAGGUGGGCGCCUGCACUCUGCUGAAUGAGACUUCAUAGCCCCGUUAGGUAGCCUAUGUAACCGCUUUUCGGCUUUCAUUGACUAUGUUGUGUACAUAGGAGCUAGGCACUUUAAAAAAAUUGAAUGUAAUAUCUAUUGCAUUGUGUCCGAUGUUGCAAACUGUAUCCUAUGCCGUGUAUUCUACUCCAUUAACUUAAGCAGUUGUCUUUUUAUUAUAACAUAACUGCAAAAUUAUGGUCCAUCAUCUAAGCAAGUUGAGGUCGCUUUCUGAAUAUUUUUUUCUCAGAAACAUUGAAAUGGAAUCAAUGCACAUUCCUUUG